AUGGUCGUUCCAAGACUCGCCCUCUUGGCUCUAGCCCCAGCCAGCGUCCUCAGCCUCGCAACUCCUUCGCAGCAACAUGCAAGCCUGGCUCGUCGGGCGGUGGAUUGGAGCAAAUGGAAGCCCGGCGUCACUUUUCAGAUCAUUCUGCACCACCCCAUCGAGGCCGACAGCACCGCUGACAUCGUCCCUGCCAACGCUGAUGUCUGGGAUAUUGACCUCCAACAUGCUUCUAAACACCCGAACAUGAUCCCAACUCUCAAAGCCGCGGGAAAAAUUGUCAUCUGCUAUUUCAAUGGCGGUGCCGUGCAGGAUUGGGACGAUGACAAGGAAGAGUUCCCGGCCGAUGCGAUCCAAAAGCCUCUCGAGGGCUACGCGGAUGAGCGAUAUCUCGACAUCAGAAACGGGGACGUCGUCACGACAAUGAAGGCUCGCAUCAGCAAAGCCGCGAAUAUUGGCUGUGAUGGUGUCGAUCCAGACAACAUCGACGCCUGGGCGCAGGACGACGAGGAUCCGACCGGCUUCAACCUAAAACCCUCCGACUACGCAUCCUACAUCAAGAAUCUGGCGUCUCACGCCCACUCCCUCACCACGAAGGAGGGACGGUCUCUGAUGAUCGGCCAGAAGAACGCACCCGAAAUCGCCCCCGACCUGGCGUCCACCGUAGACUUCGCGGUCCUCGAGACUUGCCUGGGAACACGCACCAGCGACGAAGUCGAGCCUUUCUGCUCCGACUUUCAGCCUCUGGUUGCCAGUGGCCAUCCUGUGUUCCAGAUCGAGUAUCCACUCAGCGUGAAGAAUGGCAUUGAAAUUAGCCAGGUCGACUACGAAUACUUCUGUGUGAGCAAAAAUGGCAAUAACGGGUUCAGCGAGGUCAUCAAGCACGCAAGCGAGCAGGUUGAUGGGUGGGGCCAGUUUUGCGGUCUGGGAAGAACAGGUGGUCGAUUUGAGACCCCUACCAUUGACGAGGAAGAGGAAGAGUAG